UAUGUUACUUAAUCUGUUGUCCAGCUCAAAUACAAAAACUGAAGUACUUCCAUCCAUCAACCAAAGAAGCUCUCUCUAUUGGUGUCGCCUUUUCUGGUUAAGAGAUGAGGGUCAUUGUGGAGCUGUUGGUGACUAUGUUGACAGCCAGCAUGUUCUCGAGUGUCUUCUUUCUUAGAGGUGCACUGGCAGCUUGUGGUUUUGAUACAGCCCUCUUCAUCACGACACCACAGCAGAUGGAAGCACUGAAUGGAUCUUGUUUGCACAUCCCAUGUACCUUUAGGCCGAAACAAGAGUUUGACAGCACAGGACAAAUCUUCGGAAUAUGGAUCAAAAACAAUCCCUUUUUUCGUAACAGACCAGACAAUGUGAUUUUCAACAGUCGCGGGACAAUCAGAAUCUAUCCAAUGAAUAUAACCGGAAACCUCAAUGAGAAGCAAUGCACCACCUUAUUUUCUCCAAUAAUCUCAACAUAUGACGACACAUACUACUUCAGAAUUGAAAGCAGUACAUUCCAAGCAACAGCUCUUUGUGAUCCUCUUCGAAUAAGAGUUACAGAUUCUCCUCCGAGCCCCAGCAUAGAGAUCCCAGGAGAUCUGAAGGAGAAGGAGUCUGUCACUAUAACCUGCUCAGCUUCCACUCCCUGUCCACUCUCCCCUCCUAAACUCACCUGGACUCUCAAACAAGACUCUCUCAACAACAUGGAGGAAAACCCAGAUAAAACCUUCACGACUAAAAUCCAGGAGCAGAUCACUCUGACGGACAAACAUGAUGGAUACAACAUCACCUGUUCUGCCACAUAUCCUGUGAAUGAAGGAAAAGAAGUCAAGACAGCAGAGGAGACACAGACUCUCAGAGUUUCAUAUUCUCCUAAAGACACCUCAGCGUCCAUCAGUCCAUCAGGUUUGGUGUCAGCAGGUAUUCAUGUGAACCUGACCUGCUCCAGCAGAGCCAAUCCUCCUGUCAGCAGCUUCACCUGGUUCAAGAUCAGCACAGCUGGACCCAUGAUCGUAUCUGAAGGAGAGUUUUACAGCUUUAAUGCCACAGAGGGAGGAGUUUAUUACUGUGUGGCCAUGAAUGAUCUUGGUAAUCAGACAUCACCACAGAUCCAUUUGAAUAUAAAAGAAAAUCUGAUUUCCGAUCUGUUUGGGGUUGAUGUCCACAUUACAUUGAAGAUCCUGGGAAUCGUGCUGCUCUGCAGUUCAGUCAUCAUCUUUGAGUGCUGGUUAAAGUCAAGAUGCUUCAACAAACAGGUGAAGGUGAUGGGUGUUACUGCAGUCCUGUCAGUGAACAUGGUAACAGCCAUCAUGUUACUGACUGUCUUCUCUCUUUCAGAAAAUCUGAUUUCCGAUCUGUUUGGGGUUGAUGUCCACAUUACAUUGAAGAUCCUGGGAAUCGUGCUGCUCUGCAGUUCAGUCAUCAUCUUUGAGUGCUGGUUAAAGUCAAGAUGCUUCAACAAACAGGUGAAGGACGCAGAAGAAGCAGACUAUGUCAACAGAGUGGUUAUGAUUCAAGCUUCAUGAAGGAGAAGAGGAUGACUUCAUGUUCAUCUUAAAUGCAAUAUCUCUAUUUCUCUUUUCUGUAUUAAAUGUUUUUUCUUUGCAGCAGGUUAGUGAUGAACAAAGGAUGGGAUACGACAGGAAGGAUGUUUUUGUUCAAAGGCAGAUAACAUAAAAAUACUGUAAUGUACUGCAGCCAGAUCAUUACACUGUGAAGCACUGUGCUGGUCUAUGGUAUUGUUUUUUAAAUUAUUUUUUAUAUUAGCUUCUUUUAUAAUAAUAAUACAUUUAAUUUCAAAGCACUCCAUGUCACCUUACAAAGCAGAGAUAAAAACAACAGAGUAACAAUACAUCGAUCAAAUUAACAUUAAAAAGACAAAUUUACAGAGUAUGAAAUCUUUGUGAGAUAGGAUGGAAAAUGAUCAGACAGAAAAUGCCCAUUUUAUAAGAUGUGUUUUGAGAUGAGAUUUAAAAAUAGAGAGAGAGUCAAUAUUACGGAUGUGUGGAGGGAGGGAGUUCCAGAGGCGGGGGGGCAGAGACGCUGAAGACCCUGGACCCCAUGGUGGACAGGCGGGCGGGUGGUGCAGUGAGUUGAAUGGAAGAAGAAGACCUGAGAGUGAGGGUGUUCUGUAAUAAAUGAAUUAACUUAAUGUACUAUUGCUGUUUUAUAGGCUCCUUCUAUGAUCUUUAUUAGUUAAUCAUCUGUAUUAUGUGUGAUUUACGUCAUGAAAAGCUUGCUAGUAUGCAGGAAGAGGAAAGUAGUCUGUUCUCUACUUUCCCACUUAAAUGUAUAAGGAGAUAUGUUUUAAUGUAAUGCUGUGGCCUUAUUCAUGAAGCCUCCUAAAUACUAAAAGUUGCUCCUAGUGACAACUUCUAAGAAUUUCCCCUUAAAGUUAAGACUAGAUCAUUGUAAUAAUUAAACUCAUUCACAAAGUGUCUUAGCCCUUAAGAGUCCAUCUUAGACUUUUGUCAGUGCAAAGUGAGACAUGCAUGUUGAGUUCCUGUUUACCUCCACAGGUAAAUCCAAUAUCUAAUAAAUGCUGAUAUAACUCUCA